AUGACGUCCUCCUCUCUCGCUCCCCUGGAAAUAUCCACCUCCUCCCUCUCCACUUUCACCCCAACCCGUAUACUAUCAGAAACCACUUCGACUGGAUCCAUGUACGUGUUGGGCACAUUGCAUGAUCUACCUACGAUCGUACAUCUCCAAAAGACCGUAUUGGGAUCUGACAAAGUAGGAGAGAGCUUGAGGGGAUUGGAGAAGUUGAAUGUGUUUCUGGAGAAUCAGCCGUAUUUCUCAACCCACGCCUGGCUUCGUCCCACACCAGAUCGAGCCCCAGAUCUUCAGAUAAAGAUUAUAUGCCCAGCGACCGAAACUCACAUCAAGAAGUAUUCCGAGCAAGAGAGGUAUAUGGUGCAUGAGACUCCGCAGAUGUAUGAGAAGGUGGUAUUGGAUUAUAUCAAUGGGUUUGAUGAGAGUAGAUUAGGAUGGGUUUAUGCCAUCCUCGAUGGAAAGAAAGAAGCGGACCGUAUACUAUAUCGAAAAGAAGGUGAAGAUGGAUUCGUAAUUUUACCGGACCUGAAAUGGGAUCAAACGUCGAUGAACGCUUUGUACCUCACCGUCCUCGUUCAGACUCGUACUAUCAAAUCACUCCGAGAUCUCACACCUUCACAUAUCCCUUUACUGAACAGUAUCAAACAAGCUGUAUACCAAACUGUCAAAGAUAAGUAUGGAGUGGGUUCGAACAAGUUGAGGUUGUUCGUUCAUUAUCAACCUUCUUAUUAUCAUUUCCACGUGCAUGUCGUUCAUAUAGACGCUGAACCCACUAACGGAAUGGCGGUGGGGCAAGCCCACAUGUUAGAUGAUUUGAUCUCUUUGCUGCAACUUUCACCAUCUACCGGGCCCUCAAUUCUCGCUCAAAAGACAUAUACGUACCCACUUGGGGUGGAACAUGGUUUGUUCGGGGGGAUGAAAGAUGCUGGAGCAAUUGCCUUCGAUUAG